AUGAACUUAAGCCAUGACUCAGACUUCCCCAGUGAAAAGUGGAGGCUAGGAAGGAAGAGGGGGUGGGAAGGAGGGGCUGGGGGUGUAGAGCUGAGGGGAUGGAGGAUUGUGGGGUGAAUGAAUAACAUUGGGAGGGGAAUUUUAGGGAAUUGAUGGUUGUUUGGGGGGAAUUUGUUAGGAGGAUUUUUUAGAGUUGAUUGGGUUUUGUGAAGGGAUUUUAGGUAGAGAAGUGUCUUUGUAGGUUGGGUGUUUUGGGAAGUUUUUUGUAUUUGAAAUUAUUCUAAAUUGUUAGGGAUGUGUGAGUUUAUAGAAAGUUAUAAGUUAUAGGGUUCUUGAGAAUAUAUUUCUUAGCUUUUAUUUAACUUUAAGAUAUCUUCAUCUUUUAUACUCUUCUCUUAAAUAAUCAGAAUAGUGUCUGGAAAGUAAUGCUCAUCGACCCUUCGAUUUUCUAAAUUAUUGAAUCUGUUUAGAGGAUAUUCCAAUCUUUUCAUAAGUGCUCCAAAUAAUAAUCUUGAAGAUAAAUAUAAUCUUGCUGUUCUUCUAACAAAGAGCCCAGACUUCUGUAGUUGAAUUAUAGCUUCCCUUAUAAUGUCUUCUUUAAUGAGCCUUUAGAAUAUUAAAAGAUCCAAUAACACAACCACUAAUUAAACUCACAAAGAAAGGUAACAUCUCUCCACAUACAUUUCUGUCUAUCCAAGAAACAUUUAAACCGCAAUUAGAGCCCCAGAUUUUAACUUUAAACCUGAAUCUAGAUUUUUCGAAGAACCUAAGGACCACAGGAUGGAAAUUGGAAUAUUAGAUGAUCGACGGAUACAGAAUAGUAAGAAAAAUAAGUUAUACAAGUGAUAAUUGAUGAAUAAAUCAUACAUUUAGAAAUAAAAGAGCCCUAUCUUAAACUAUGAGAAACUUGAAGAAAGAAGACUAUUCUUACAGAAAAGUAGUAUUGGAUUUUCAUAGAUAAAAGAGGCCUUAAAACAGGAAACGUUGACUGUUAUUAGAUAAGAUAUUCCCUGAAAUAAGAGUUGCCUUAUCCUCUAGGUAUCAGUGUAUUACUUAAAGCUUGUGACCAGGGAGAAUUUACAUUUAGUCUUAACAAUAAAGAAAUUACAUAGAGAUAUCUAAUAUCCAUAAAAGAUCAGAGAAGAGAAUUAAUAGUAGCUGAGAUAUCCCUUAGAAAUAACAUACAAUGAAAACCCACUUCUGAAGUACUUAAUAACCAUC